GUCAUGCCUUUCCUUCUUGUCUCACAUUGAUUGUAUCACCUGAAAUUGGAGGGAGGGAGAGAGAGAGAGUGAGAGAAGAUGCCAGUGGCACGACUCGAAUCAUCCGGUGCAAGGGUCAUCGCUCACCUCGACAUGGACUGUUUCUACGUUCAAGUGGAGCAACGUAAACAGCCCUAUUUAAGGGGUCAGCCCACUGCUGUGGUACAGUACAACUCCUGGAAAGGUGGGGGUUUGCUUGCUGUCAGCUAUGAGGCCCGUAAAUAUGGGGUGAAGCGUUCAAUGCGAGGUGAUGAAGCGAAGCAAGUUUGCCCACAAAUCCAACUUGUCCAAGUCCCAGUUGCUCGUGGUAAAGCUGACUUGACCAUAUACCGAAAUGCGGGUUCAGAGGUGGUUUCUAUUCUUGCAAGGAAGGGUAGAUGUGAGCGUGCUUCAAUUGAUGAAGUGUAUCUUGAUCUCACUGAUGCUGCUGAAGCAAUGUUAGCAGAAACUCCUCCAGAGAGCUUGGAAAAAAUUGAUGAAGAAGCUCUAAAAUCUCAUAUCUUGAAUCUUAAUGAGGAUGGAAGUGAUCACAAAGACAAUGUGAGGGAGUGUCUCCACAGGAGUGAUGCCGAUCACCUUGAUAAGUUGUUAGCUUGUGGGGCCCUUAUUGUUGCAGAACUUAGGAGGCAAGUUUUGAAGGAAACUGAAUUCACAUGUUCUGCCGGAAUUGCUCAUAACAAGAUGCUGGCCAAACUCGAAAGUGGUAUGAAUAAACCUGCACAACAAACUGUUGUGCCCUUCACAUUUGUUAAAGGAUUGCUUGAACAUUUACCUAUAAAGAAAAUAGAGGUUUGGGAAGAGAGUGUGAGGAAGACAAUGGCAGAAAUGGAUAGUAGAGGGAAGAAGAUGCUGAUGAUACAGAGUGGGUUAGGUCUUUGGGGAAGACAAUGGGAAGCAGCUUGGGGAAAGCUUGGGAGUUCCUUACAAAUUGACCUUGGUGUGAAUACUGUUGGGGAGCUAUUGCAGUUCUCAGAAGAGAAGCUACAAGAACGUUAUGGCGUAAAUACCGGAACUUGGUUACGGAACAUUGCCAGGGGAAUUAGCGGGGAAGAGGUAGAGGGUCGCCUUCUUCCCAAAAGUCAUGGUUCUGGAAAGACAUUUCCUGGCCCUCAGGCUUUGAAAAAGAUUGCUUCAGUUGAACACUGGCUUAAUGAACUUUGUGAAGAACUGAGUGAACGUCUUCAUUCUGACCUGGAGCAGAAUAAGCGAAUUGCACAUACACUCACUUUGCAUGCCAGAGCUUUCAAGUCCAGUGAUUCUGAGUUGCAGAAAAAUUUUCCUUCCAAGUCAUGUCCAUUGAGGUAUGGCUCUGCCAAGAUCAAAGAAGAUGCCCUGAACCUAUUUCAAGUGGGGUUACGUGAAUACCUUGGCUCACACAGAAUCAAGGCUCAGGGAAGUCACUACAAUGGAUGGCGAAUAACUUCUCUUUCUGUUACGGUCAGCAAAAUAGUUGCUAUUCCAUCUGGGACAUGUUCAAUAAUGAAAUACUUUCAUGGCCAAGAUCAGUCCAACUGUUCGUCUAGGCAAGUGAAUGACAGAUUUGUCGCAGAGGCUGCACCAUUGUCACCCUCCGGUACUUUUUGCAAUUUUGGCAAAGUAUGGCAUUCUUUCAGGAAAGGAAAGAUAUCCAGAUUGCAUACAACUGAACUGCCCAUAGAAUUCCGUGAGGAAGAAACAAGGAUUAGGUAUGCUAUGCCAAGUCUGGAUCAACAGGAAAACAAGGGAGAAGUAUCUACGAGAGAGGAUACAUGUGAAACCAUGCAAUCCACUGAUGACCAUGUGAUAUCUUGUUCUUUGUCCAAGCAAGCACAUGAUGCUUUCAUCCAAGAAACUUCAGCAUUGUCAUCCUCAGGGACUGAAAGUUGUUUGGCACUGAAUCCAAUUGAGCCACACACAGAAUUCCCUAAGAAGGAAAUUGGGAUCAAGAAUUUAAUGCAUGAUAUGAGACCACAUGAUCACAAAAGAAAGAUGGUGAAACACAAGGGAUCAUCUACAAUCUUGAGAUUUUUUCAGAGUUGCAACAACUCUUCCUCUUCCCCCAAGCAAGAACAUGUUAGAACUAUUGAUGAAACUAAAGCAUCUUCAUCCUCAAGCUUUCAGUCAAUAAUUGGCAGUUCUGAACUGAUUGAAGCUGAGCUACGCAAAAAGAACUUGCUUACACAGACGGGAACACAUAGUGGCAUGUCAAUUUUAGAUCGAGAUGAUAUGAGAAGGGAUGCGUGGGAUUACAAGAUUGAUGAGAUUGACCCUAUUGUGGUUAAUGAGUUACCACCUGAAAUCCAGGAAGAGUUGCAAGUGUGGCUCUGACCUCAGAAGUGGGUAGCUAAUAUUGGAAAACGUGGGUCUAGUAUUGCUCAUUAUUUCUUGCCCACGAAAAAUACAUAAGCAAGUCAAAAGUAAUCAGAACCAUCAUUUUCUCUGUUUUAUGUAUUUAUUUUUUUAUGAGCCGCUUCCCUGUAAUUCACAUGAAAAUGGAGUCUCGAAAACCCAAAAUUCUUUCGAUCCAUCAAGAUUUACAUCUUAGGUCUUGGUGUUUGCACGUUAAGUGUUUUUAGUUGGUAAAUCCUUUCUUGUAUGUAAUCUUUAUACCUGUGUGUAAAUCCCUUUUUUUUCUUUCCCUUGUGCAAUGCAUUUCAAUGCCUGUAAACAUUUUCA